AUGUCGCCGGAAAACGCCAUGGAAGGCCUCUUAUCCGUUAAGUCGGACGUGUUCAGCUUCGGUGUCUUGCUAUUAGAGAUACUAAGUGGCAAGAAGAACACUGGCUUUUACCAUAGCGGUUCUCUGAAUCUAAUUGGACAUGCAUGGGCAUUGUGGGAAGGAGAUAGAGGAGGUGAGUUGGUGGAUCCUAAAAUGAAGGACCAGGUUUCAUAUCCCAUGCUGCUGAGGUACAUUCAUGUGGCUCUUCUUUGUGUUCAAGAAAUGGCGGCUGAUAGACCGACAAUGUCCCAAGUUGUCUCCAUGCUUACCAAUGAGCUCAGGGUUUUAGUUUCUCCCAAAAAGCCUGCUUUCUCUAACGUGACAAGUACGACCCAUGAUUCAAAUCAGCGUGCAACGUUCUCGGUGAAUAGCGUCACGGUUUCUUUGAUGGAACCUCGAUAG